AAAAGCGGCCGCUGACAGCCAAAGUCGCCAACUCCGCCCUCGUCCCCGCGGGAGCCGGGAGCCCGAGCCGGCCGGGGCCGAGGCCGCCCGAGCCGCGGCGAGCGGACAUGGCAGCAGAAUGAGGAGGCUGGCGCCGGGUGGUGGCCGCCGCUGCCGCGCUGCCGCUCGGGAUCCGCGCCGGGCGCGCUCCGGGCCGCAUCCUUAGCCGGCCUCCUGCUGGCCGCGGGAUUAUCGCAUUGGAGCGGAGGGCGGGGAGGAACGGGGACUCCGCAGCCGAGAGGGUCCCUGCUCUGGCGGGGUGGAGAGGCUUGUCUGUGCGAACUGCCGGCUGCGGGAACGACGCGGGAGAGAGCCGGUGCCGGGCCGCGGCCGCGGGGAUGAGCCGGCCAUGGAGCGGCCUUGGCGGGGCGCACGCAGCCGGCCGGCGCUGCGGCGGGAGCGCAGCCUGAGCCGGGGCUCCGCGGGGCUUCGGGGCCUGGGGCGCCCCACGGGGGUCCUUGCCGCCGCCUCGGGGAAGGACAGGAGCCCCGCGUGGCGGACUCUGCAGCGGUCGCCGUAGUGAGGCGGCCCAGGCUUGCUCCGCCUGCAGCGCGGUGCGCUCUCGGCACCCGGGCGCUGGGCCGGCUGCGCGGCGGCUGGCGCGCCGCGGCGAGGCAGGCUGCGGGGCCGGGUGCAGGACCGGCUGGAGGGGUGUGCGCGCGCGGGUUCGGCUGGAGAGCAGGCAGAAGCAGAGCCAGGCGGACCUGAGCAGCCAUGCUUCCCGGGGUGGGCGUGUUCGGCACCAGCCUCACGGCCCGUGUCAUCAUCCCACUGCUGAAAGACGAGGGCUUCGCGGUGAAGGCGCUGUGGGGCCGCACGCAGGAAGAAGCGGAGGAGCUGGCCAAGGAGAUGAGCGUCCCCUUCUACACGAGCCGCAUUGACGAGGUGCUUCUGCACCAGGACGUGGACUUGGUGUGCAUCAACCUGCCGCCGCCCCUCACCAGGCAGAUCGCUGUCAAAACCCUGGGCAUCGGCAAGAACGUCAUCUGCGACCGCACGGCCACGCCGCUGGACGCCUUCCGCAUGAUGUCGGCCGCCCACUACUACCCGAAGCUCAUGAGCAUCAUGGGCAACGUGCUGCGCUUCCUGCCGGCCUUCGUGCGCAUGAAGCAGCUGAUCGAGGAGGGCUACGUGGGCGAGCCGCUGGUGUGCGAGGUGCAGGUGCACAGCGGCAGCCUGCUGGGCAAGAAGUACAACUGGAGCUGCGACGACCUGAUGGGCGGCGGCGGGCUGCACUCGGUGGGCACCUACAUCAUCGACCUGCUCACCUUCCUCACCGGCCAGAAGGCCAUCAAGGUCCACGGGCUGCUCAAGACCUUCGUCAAGCAGACCGACCACAUCAAGGGCAUCCGCCAGAUCACCAGCGACGACUUCUGCACCUUCCAGAUGGUGCUGGAGGGCGGCGUGUGCUGCACCGUCACGCUCAACUUCAACGUGCCCGGCGAGUUCAAGCAGGACGUGACGGUGGUGGGCUCGGCCGGGCGCCUGCUGGCCGCGGGCACCGACCUGUACGGGCAGCGCAACGGCGCCCCGGAGCAGGAGCUGCUGGUGCAGGACGCCACGCCCGUGAGCAACUCGCUGCUGCCCGCGAAGGCCUUCAGCGACAUCCCCGCGCCCUACCUGCGCGGCACCAUCAAGAUGAUGCAGGCCGUGCGCCAGGCCUUCCAGGACCAGGACGACCGGCGCACGUGGGACGGGCGGCCGCUCACGAUGGCCGCCACCUUCGACGACUGCCUGUACGCCCUGUGCGUGGUGGACACCAUCAAGAGGUCCAGCCAGACGGGCGAGUGGCAGAACAUCGCCGUCAUGACGGAGGAGCCCGAGCUGAGCCCCGCCUACCUGAUCAGCGAGGCCAUGCGCCGGAGCAGGAUGUCCCUGUACUGUUAGCGCGGGCUGGGGACCCGGGGGCCCACAGAGGGUGAAAGACGCGUGCGGGAGCGGGGGGCGCGGGAGGUGGCGGAGCAGUGUGAAUAAAUGGCAUCUGGGAAGGCAAACCAGACUGUUGGCGGGCUGAGCUGUAAUAGCCCGGGGUGUUCAGGAGGGCCUGCCGUUCCCCACGGCGUCCCUGUGGGGUGUCUGCAUAGGGCGGAGGGGCUUUAGCUGCCUCUGCUGCCCUUUACUGUGAGAAGCAAGGAGGGGCUGCUCCCCUCCCUACCUCAGCCCCCCCCCACGCCUUGGCCUUCCCUCGCUGCAAGCCAAGUGGUCCUUCCAGGUCAAGGCACGUUAUCAGAUGGCAAGUCAGUGUGAGCCAGGCUGCCCGGACACACACUGCUGGCAGAAGAAGGCCCCUCUUCCCAGGUCCCCAUAAGCCUGUUGGGCUGGGGUGGACAGGUAAGAAAGUUCAAAUUCCAGGAAGCCACUUUUUAUUAUACUAAAAAGAGUCUGAAGGAGAAAGUGCUUAGUAACAAAGUGUGCAGCCCUCGAUUGGUGGGUCUUCCUCAUAGGAAGCACUGACGGGGUGCCUUCCUGCUUGCUAGCCCCUCACCUGGGGGGACCGGGAGAUCAGGAAUAGAGUAGAAACCAGGGCUCCCGCCAGCCAUGAGGAAAGAGCACGUGCUGCAUUGAAACAGGUGAGGCAGACAAUAAGACAUCCCUCUUAGCUUGUCAACAAUUUAAAAACUGCAAGGAGUCACCUUAGAACACUUUCCGGUGAGGGCAGAGUUGAGUGUAGGAUUCUUCACUGAAGUGUUGGGGUGGCCUGUCACAUGGCUCUGAAAGACAGCACAAAGUGAGUUUGACCCUAAACUCAAAUGCUGCCCUCACGGACUGGGGACAGCUGUGUGCCUCAGUGUGGCAGUGUGAAGUCCCAAACAGAAGGCGAAGUGAGCCUCGUCUAGGUGUUUUGGGCCUCUACACACAUCUCUCCUACCGAGCUGGGGAAGGCCUUUUAGGAGAUUCAUCCAGGUUUGUGGAUGUAAAAGGGAAGCCUUUAGUCCCACUCAGAAUCCUCUUUCCUUGAAAAAAAAAAAAAAGAUGAAGGCCAUUUUCCUUAGUGUUGACCUUUGCUUUCAGGAUUCUAACACCUGAACAUUUUUGCAUAGGUAUUAAAACAAAAGGACAACAUGGAACAUAAUUUUUCAGUAUUUCUAAAAUGGGGUUUAGAGCUCCUUGAGGGGCUCGCUUGAGGUCGAGAAGGCUAAUGUUGGAAAAACAUAUCCAUCUACUUGGUCUUGGUCUCCUGUUUAUCUUGAAAAGACCUUUCCUUAAUCUUUCACCCCACAGAAGACAUCUGCUGAGGCGGGAGGUGGAGACCAUGCCUUGGUAAGUCUCCAUAGGCUUUGUCGCACAGGCGUGCUGAGGUCAAACAGGUGUCCUUGCAGGCAGCUGAGGUUUAGACUUCCUUCCAGAUAACUGGCAGUAGAACUAGAAGGGAGCUUAAGAGGCCUGGAGUCCACCCCCCCACCCCCCAGCCUCUGAGUAGGCAAAAUCUGAGUCGCAUCCCCCACGCUCCUCCCUAGGGUCCAUAAGCUCCAAAGCCCAGGCUACUCGUAGGUGCCAGUGUGGGUGUGCCCAGACACCAGAGGAAUGUUGGUCAUUUCCUAGCACAGAGGAGGAAGUGUUGCUUUCCCUGGAAAAAUCACUCUACAUCCACAGCCUUGCUGCAAGGCUGGGGUUGGUUAGGUAGGGUUGGUUACCUGCAACUCUCCGUGAUUCAUUUUGGUCCCCGAUCUGCUGACUAUUCGUGCUCAUUCCAGCUGUUGCAGCUAUCAAUUCAAAACUGGAGAUUUGCUGGAGUAGAUGUCUCCCAAUGAUACUUUAAGCAGAGGGCCAUGUUAUGGACUGUUUUGGUUCCUGUUCUCCUAAAUUGCCCUCUGGGAAAGUAUUAAUAAUUUUUGUGGGAACUGAGUGCAAGAAUUUUUUUUUUCCUGCCCAACCUGAAAGGCUGUGAUUGAGAAUGAUGGAGAAGAAAGCUAGAUGACUCGAUGGGUCUAAAUUUUCUAAAUUGUUUACAAUCUCAACACGAUAUCCCUGGGGUUUCAAUGUUAUGUUUCUGCACUUAAACAUAAUUCUUGGGAGAUCUCCCCCCACCAAAGUUCUCUGAGCUCUGUGAUAAAUAUUUAGUAUCUGAAACAUUCUCAUUCGAGGCUGGGGUAUAUAGAAAGAGUAUAUAUUCUUUAAAAGAAGCAUGAAAAAAUAUUUUAUUAAGUAUACUCAAAUGUUAUUAAUAUCUACUGAAAUGCAUGUAGUAGGUAGAUGAAGGAAUGAGAGAAAUAAAAGACCUAGAUAGAUACUUUUUUUAAGUACAAAAAUUACAGCAAAUGGGUUUGAGAUACUUCUUUAGUUCUGUUUGCCCUAUCCUGUCACAUGCAAAGACUUGAAUGGGGGCAGCAAUGUGACACUGAAAUCUGAAGCUUUCAACAACACCCUGCGAAAGGACCUUGUUUCAGCCCAGCACCCCCAAUUGUGCCCUAGGGGUCUGGGUACCGUCCACUGACUUCAGUCUAGGACUAAGCCGCAGCAAUAAUCCAGCCCCUUUCUGCUUCGUUUAAUGUGUCUCCAGGGCCUGAUGUAACAGGAGCAGCACUUUCUAAGGUCUCCACACUUAGUCCCCUCUGGUUGUUUUGUUCCCAUCCUUGUGUGGAUGCUGCUAGUUGCCUCUGCAGAUAAUCUAAAUUCCAAAUUCAGAGAGAGGGUGUAGAUGAGUGUUCUUCCCUGAGAUCCACAAGUGUUUGGGAAUGCCCUGGGCAUUUGGAAAGUUUGGAAUCAUUCUUCUUCUGGAAAGAGUCUGUGACCACUGUCAGCCUCUCCAAGACGUCUCCCUCAAUAGGAGGAUGCACUGCAGGGUACCUCAGCUCCACCUUAGCCUACCUGGCAGCAAACACCACUGUGUCAGGUGUAUCUGGACUCUCUAGGGGCACUCUUGGCCAACAACUCCAAGACUGGCCAACUCCAAGACUUGUCCACUAUGUGCAGAAUAUUUUAAGUACAUUAUCUCAUUCGAUUCAUAAAAACAGCCCUGUAGUAUUAGGUAUUGUUAUUCCCUUUUUACACAUGAGAAAAUGGAGGCUCUAAGAGGGAAAAAGUAACCUGCCCAAAGUCAUAGAAUUGUUCAAUAGAAGUGGCAUCACUCGAAUCCAAAACUUCUCUUCCAAACCAGGCUGCCUCCCAAGAAGAAAGAUUUGUGCACCUGCUGUUCUUGCCAGGCAGGAGAGCUGCCUUGUCAAAUUCUGUAGGGGGUGGGCUCUCACCCCCAGGAAGCAACUGUGACAAGAGUUGACUGUGACCUGCAGCUUCACCCAGCUGCUCUCAACACCCUCCUGUCGAGCAGGAUGCAACUAUUUGAUGUGCUGCCAGGAGGUUAGUUAUGAGCUGCAAAUAGAAGUCGUCAAUUUUUCUUCCCCAUCCAAAAUGGAAACAUCAGUCAGCUUCUUUUAAAAUUGACUUCCUAAGUUUAUUUUGAUUGUAGGUGAUGCAGCAAACCUCAGAGCUGGGAAUUUUCAAAGCAUUGCUAGCCGGCUAUUAUAGAUGGCCUUGGAUUUUGCCCUCCGGCGUCUGAGUAUAACAUAGGAAAAUGUCUUUUCUCAGGGAGUAGGGCUUUUAGAGUUCAUUUGUUUGCGACUCACAUCUUAGCAGUGCAUUUGUACCUUGACACUCUCUUACUCUCUUCAUCUUCUCUCGUAGCCACAGCUAUUGAAUUUGACCUGUGAUCAUAAAUUGGGUUUCUGCUCUGAUCUCUUGGACUUUGGUGGGUAUGGGGGGGGGGAUCAGCUUUGCUCAUUACUUUCUGGGGAGUAAGUAAACCCAGUUGCCUCUGAAGGGGGCUCAGCGUUCACUAUAUCCAGCCUUCAUUUUACAUAACGCAGAGUGAUGGCCAAGGUCAUGUGCAUAUCUAGUGCUAGAGCCAGGACGAGAAGCCCGGUUUUCUGCCUCUUAAGUCUCAUGCCGCCUCACACAGCUCAGGCAGAGUGCUCAGAUGGGGGAAGAAAGCUCAGAGAGUUGAAAUGACUUGUCUGAGGUCCCACAGCUAGUUGGCAGAGCAGCUGGAAUUAGAACUCACACCUGCACUGGACCGGAUUCCCUGAGCAGUUGCAGGUAAAUCUGUUUUUUAAUAAACUCUAUUGUGUCUUGAAUGUACUCAGAAAACUAGCUGUUUAAAAUAUCCCAUCGUGGCUAUAAUGUGAACAGUUAUCUCUAAUUUGUAUUUUAUUUGGCAAGGAUGGGGGGGCAUACAUUCAGGUUUCCACCUUUGGGGUCUCCUGGGAACCACUCUACUUACAUUGUCCCCCACACCAGAUACGAAUCUGGCCCUGACUAGCCUAGGAUUCCGGCUCCACCGCUGCCUGCUUGCUUUGGCCAUCAAAGCCUUGGAGUUAACAGGGCAGAGCCCAUGACAUCGAGGAGCUUGUUAAAAAAACAAAUCAGCUGUCAGAACCCCACAGUUUCAAUUCCCUUUUGGGGACAGGGUGGAGGCCUUGAAAGAAAAGUGGCGAGCAUCUGUAGUGUGAGUUCACGCCGCGCACCUCCAACAUCUGCCGCACCCCAGGCAGAGGGACCGGCAGGUGGAGUGUGCUCUGAGUUCCAGGGGACAGCCAGGCUGAUGGGGACGUCUCACAAGAGGAGUCAAGACUGCCUGUGCUGCUUUAAAAGGUGAUGGGUUAUGAGGUCCUGUUGGAGUCUGGGCGUGAAUCUGGCAUUGCAUCUGAGUGACCACGUCAGUUAGGAGAGGAAGGCAGUGGCCCCCCGGCCUUCGUCUCCCCCAUCUCUCAGUCCCUAUUUGCUGGAGCCCUUGGGGACGCCACCAAAGCCUCUGGCUCUCAUCCGGGCUCCUAAAGCGCUGCACUACUGAAUACACCCUUGAAUCUGUUACGUUCCUUUCUGUUUACACCAGCAGUGGAGAGAGUAAUAAAAAGACCAUGUUACAUGCAAUGGCUUGAUGCUUACUGCGCCAAUCAAAAGCUUGCCUGGGCAGGUGUAAGCAGGGACUGCAAAAUAGCCUUGGAGUCAUGGAUGUCACUGUCACUCUCCUUCCCCCUCCCUGUGUAGGUCUCUGCUGUCCUCUGCAGCUGCCACAAGGGCUAAGUUGUUGAAUGAGCCUCUUGGUUUCUCUUUAUAGACGUGAUGACCUAUUUGUGAUUCCGAGUCAAAUCCCAGGUUAAGAAACAAAACAAAAGCUCACGAGCUGACCGGCUCCUUUGCCCCCUCCUCCUCUUUCAGGCAUCCAAACCUGUUUAGUAUUCUGCCCUGUACCUUGCCCAGGGGAGGGAGAAGUUUCUAGCAAUUAGGGCUUUCUGUUUGUUGCCUGGUGCUUUUACAGUACUUCAUUUGGGGUUUGUUGUUGUUGUUGUUGUUUUAACCAAAACUGCAUUGUCGAGUAUCUAUUUAUUGUGUUUUACAAACAUGAGUAUAUAUAUAUAUGUAUGUAUAUGUAUAAAACCAAACAUAUAUAAAAAGUCAAGGCAUGUAUACUAGAUAUUUUAAAGAGUUAUUUAUCAAGGGUAAAAGAUGUGUGUUAUAAAGUAAACAGAGUCUAUAUUUUAUAUAUAAUGUAGAUAGUAAAACAUAGUUUAUAAAUUAUAGGAGGUUGUGGUUUUCUUUUUUAUUAAAGCAAAAAAAAAAAAAAAAAAGACAAUGAUUGCAAUUGUUCUUAGUGUUUUAAAGGCCAAACUACUGUGGGAGUUGGGAGGUGGCCCCCGGCUGGGCCUCAGCGGUCCGGCAUCUGCCACCCCAGCCUCUGGAGGUGGCUUCCACUGUUACCUGUGCAACUCAGCGACACUCAGGCUGUGGUUGGCUAGUUAGCACCGCCCAGCCAGCUGGCACGAGCCACUCCAGCAUGGCCUCCAGCUGCUCUCCAAGACGUGCAUUGGUGGGAUAAAGAGAUGAAAGUGACAAAUAAAGAUUUAAAAGAAAAUGCA